AUUUCAUAGUCAACUCUACUAACAAGUACUCUGAAUUACAUCCCUGAAACUUCCAUUUUCAUUCUCGUGUACACAUAGGAGGAGCAACAACAACAGAGUUAAGUGACGAAGUGGAACACGGAAAACCUAAAAAAUUGGGAUUAAAUUAAAUUAAUUUAAAUUGAGUGAAAAUUGUGUAUAUAAUUGGAAUUUUAAUCAUGAAAUCCACAUAAAAGUUUAGUGGUUGCCUCGAAUUUUUUCUAAGGUUUCAAGAAAAUGUGUGUGUGGCUAGAAAAAGUAAGAUGAAAACGUUGCUGUGGAAAAAGCACUAUUUUCCACGCAGGAGUGGUGGCAUCAUGAAGCCCAGGAGAAACGAAAAUUUGGUGUAGAAAAUAAAUUUCCGAAUUGUUUAUGCAGUUUUAUCGCUAUAGUUUUCUUAAAACUAAGGCUUUCUGUGUCAGUUUUCGCAAAGACAAUUCCGAGGAAGUUGGCCACAUACUAUUUGUAAGGGGUAUUGGAUAUAACGACUGUGGAGUUAGUGUGUUUGUAUAUAUGUAUAUUUACCUAUACAAAAAGUUUUCAAAGAAAAAGUAAAAAACGAACAGUUAAAUCAAAGUGAAAGCUAUUAAAAAGGGAAAUCUACGAAAACUGCUUUUAUAAUAGAGUUUAAAUAAGUGUGGAAGGUGGAACGUACAUCUUUUGAGGGGAAACAGUGUAAACAUAUGAAGAGAUUGUUAUGGCGGGUAGGAACGUAUAGCAGCUGCCACACGGGCUUUGAAUGAAUAAUAUACCGAAAAAUUAGAAUUAGAAGAAUUUUCUUAAAUAGUUCUGUUUAAAAAAUCGUGUUUCGUGUCGAAACUUCUACCUUUACACGGCAUUCGUCUAAAACAUUUAAAAACAAGCAGUGAAGAUGUCCAGUUGGGCGCGUCGUGCAGCAGACAUUAGCAGUGUUGUCACAUCAUGCGGACAUCCCGGUACUUCAGCACCAGAUUAUACAUAUCGGCUGGAGAAAGUCAAAUUUGGUGUACCAUUGGAGGAAGUUUGCAAAAACAACGAAAACAUUCCCGGACCAUUACUAGUCCUUAUACUUAAGCUUAAUAAAGAAUCGCCAAAUAAGCGAGACGUAUUCCGGGCGCCUGGCCAUCAAGGUGCUAUGAAAAAACUUAUUCACUUCUUGCAAUCAGGACGAUUAGUAAAUGUAGACAACUAUUCAGUUUAUACUAUUGCCAGUGUUCUAAAAAAAUUUUUGCGAAAAAUUCCUAAUGGAAUAUUUGGGAGGACUGGUGAGAAGGAAUUGUUUGACAUAAUUGAACUGGAAGACGAAUUAGCGCAAACGGAUCGUUUGCAUAGAUUAUUUACAUCACUGCCAAAAUAUACUCAACGUUUACUAGUUUUAUUAUUUGGUACAUUCCGUGUUAUUGCCAGCAAUGCAACUCAAGCCAGUACCGGCAUGACCAGUGAGGCACUGGGCGUUUCAGUGGCCCCGAGCUUCUUUCAAUCGUGCGUUAGUGAUGGGAAAACAGCGCGUAUGGAAGACGUGCUUAAGUUUAAGGUGGCCACAAAAAUUAUGAAGCAAAUAAUCGAUAAAUUUGCCACCCAUGAUCUAUUUGGACGUGACAAUUAUGAAUAUUACGCGAGAGUUACUGGGCGUAUUCUUAAGGUACAGGAUGAAUGGAUUUGUAGCUUUCAGUAUCCCCCUCCACCACGUGGUAAAUUGGCUCAACAAAAAUAUGCACUUCAACACUCCCUGGAGGCAGAGAAGACAUGGUUGCAAUGCCAGUGCGAGCGGUGGGGUUUGCUUGCUCAGGAAGAAUCCCGCUCUACGCCUGCCUUGCUAACCAGCUCAAGCUCAGCUUUAGACAACAGCGUGCUGUCACUUGGCGUAACACCAGAACACUCUUUUAUUGAAUCAUGUGCACGACUAUCUGUCUCCUUGGAAGGCCCAAGUCUAUUCGCGUUGACAUCUUCUCCGAUACCAAAGCGAAAUGCUCAGGAUUUGCAACGUGACACCGACAAUGAUGCUGACGCCGAUGAAGAGAAUUUUGCCGACGAAGAUGCUGACGCUGAUACCGAUGACUACGAAGAAGACUUCGCAGCUAAACUCGAAAUAAGUAACGAAGACGUUUUGGAAAAUAAUUCGAAAAAUAACUUUCCACGUACGACUGCUCCAAGCAAUUAUAGAACUGCAGCGGCAUCUACAGGCAAUAAUCGCGCCUUAACGCAGGGUAAUGCCGCUAUGAAUACCACUUAUACUAUUGGUGUUGAGAAUAUCGAUAUAGUUGACUCGAAUGAUGAUGAAGGAGAUGAUGAAGUGACUGUAGUAAGGCGCCGUUAUCGUCAGAAUAGAAAGAAAAUACUAACCCAAACACGAAUGCAACACCAACGUCGCCUGCGUGCCGGCUCAAAAAGUCUGGAUGCUGGCGAUCGCGCAUCACAGAAACCCUUGAAUAGCGAGGGAUCCGAUAGCAGGACUAAAUCGAAACACAACAGCAAAAUGCAAAGCAGCAUCACCAGUGGCGGCGGUAAAACGACAACAACGCGCACUUGCAGCCGCUGCAAUCGCGGUAUACGUCAUUCAUCUUCGUGCUCCUCAGCUUCUGGAGGAGGUGGGGCUGGCGGCGUGGGAAAUGGUAGUGGCAUGACUAUGGAAGAAUUGCGCGCUGUAAAUCGAUAUGCAGAGAGUACAAAGAGCCUUUCCUAUUUGCCACAGGUCCAUGAACGCCAAACCGCACGCAUGCGCACUCGCUCCGAAUGGUUUUUGGGUCCUAGGGAUAGUGAGUUAGCACUGAAUUUGCCCAACACAUGCAGCAAUUGUUGUCUGGCUGCGGUACAGAUGCAGCAGCAGCAACAACAACACUUACAAUCACAUGGCUAUCUAGGUGGCGGUAGCACCCGUGAUAUGCGCGCAUAUCGUGACGGCUUCGCCGAUGGAGCUGAUGACGAGAAUAGUUUGUUAGUGGGCAGCGGUUGCGGACGUAAUGGCAAUCCGCUUUAUUUGUAUUAUAAGAAAAGAGCGCAACAACAACAGAGGAAUGAUACUCGGCAGCAAACGCAAGCUGAACAUAUGGACACAGAUGAUACCUGCCAUACGUAUGAUUACAAAUUGCAGCAACAACAGCACCAUCUGCAAGUUGAGUCUACAAAUAUUUAUCCUAGAUCACAGGCAGUAGAUCGACGAUUAUUAGAGCCAACAGCAACGAUCGCGGCAGCACACAAUGGCUGUGGUCGCCGGUUGUAUUUGGAUGCGAAUGCAACAACCAAUAUCGGUAGCUAUGUCGCCUCAUGUAAUUCUACUAAUAAUAAUUAUAUAUAUGAUUCUAAUGAUAUAACUAAAGCCUAUGCUUUCACUACAACUUCUUUUAUAACUACUUCUACUACUUCUACUCUACAAAUAAACUCAAAUUCUAAUACUACCAAGCCUUCUAUUGAUAACAGUAAUAGUGGAAAUAAUUAUCUAGAGAAUGUUAUGAAUAACAACAGUAACACAGAAAACAAGAACACUAAUUUUACAUUGUUAGCAAGUAGUCGCCAACAUUUAAGCAAUUUGUCUAACACUAAAUAUUCACAUUAUAAACAUUCAGCGACAAAACCAGUGUCGACACGCUAUGAUCUACACCGCAUUCAUCGCGUUCGCCCACAUAUAAAAACCAUAAACUCGCCUCCAUAUUUGCAUCCAAACUCACAAUCACAGAACCAUCAGCGCCAAUAUCUGGACCAAAAACGAUGUUCAAAUCUGCCCAGUCACUACCAUUCGACCGAUUCCGUGCGUUAUUGCUAUGUAGACUUGGAUGUGGAAAUUGUAACCGAGCCGCCAAUGCCCUCAUCACGAUUAUACCACAGUCCGCGAAAGCAAGUAUUUACUGCAAGGCGUUGUAACUCAUCCAUCGAUCUCUAUAAAGUUGACGAUGAUGGUGUCGAAGCCAGCAGUGAUAUCGAUCAUAACUAUCUAACAUACUCGCUAUCGAAUGAUCACCAAGAGCCUGCACUUGAUGAAAGUGCAGUAUCUGCGGUAACUAUUCGCCCGGUAUCUUCUGAAACAUAUUCUGACUCGACUGGUUUUUUGACUGCGUUGGAUACCUCUGUCGCGACUGUUUCUACGGCAGUGGCAACUGGUGAAACUGGCCGUGACUGGCCACUUGCAGGGGCUGAAGAAGUAGAUUUUAUCCCUACAUCCCGUUUUCGGCAGAGUACACCGCGUAUUCAACGUCGUCAACAGCAAAUGCGUCGGCGGCAACGUUUUUCCUCUACAUCGACGCAAUAUCAGUCACUCAACGCAACGGGAGGGAUCAACCUAAUAUCAACGACGGAGGACGGUGGAAACGGCAGUGGCAUUGGCAGGAACACACGUACUGAAAACGGCAGUCAUUUUGUUACAAUCAUCUUUAAUGUUCUAGACUUCUUAUUUUAAUGCAAUUUCAUAUGUAUGUGUUUUAUUAUAAGUUACCUAAAUAUUAAGAUUGCUUUGGCGCUUUUUUAUAAAACUUUUUAUUUAUUUAUCUUUUAUUUCUGAGUAAUGCAAUUAAUGUUGUGAUUAACGACACUAUUGGUUGGUUUACUGUUUAGAAUAUUAACAAGGCUAUAUAUUUUAUUGUUUAAUUUGUGCUUGUGCGGAUAUAUUGAUUUGUUACUGUGUAACUUGAUAAUUUGGAAACAUGACAACUUAAUUUAAAAACUAAAGCGCAAUUAUAGAAAAAUUAUCCAUUGUGAGAAGAAAAUUGCGACAUCAAUUAAAAUUUGCCCCUCACAUUUUUGCCAAGUGUUUGGUGAAGCUUCUCCUCGAAUUCGUCUUAAUGUUGUCUCAGAAAUGGUGGGACUUUUAAGUUUUCGCUGCCUGCCAAGGCGAAAUGGUUUUCAAGAAAAGCUAUUUCAUGCUGUUAGAAAAGUUUUUCAAUUAUAUCUUGCAUAGACCGUGAAUUUAGAUUGAACCUGGGUUCUACAGAACGUUUAUACGCAUCUCAACAUCUUGGAUUCGAGGACCACACAUUUUUUAACUGGUAACAAAAAUUGUAAUAGAAAACAAUUUAGAUCAGUGAAUCCACCAGGUGUUGUCGUCAAGCUCAGUUUACGGUAAGCCCGCGAAACUGCCAUUUUUUAUCUCCUUUAACUCGCUUCUUAUAAAGUAAUUUUCCCGGUUUGCCCGAUUUUGUUUAUAGGCGGUGAUUAUAAGCUUGGGGUUUCACAUUCUCUAGAAAAUCUUUUUAUAGCAACACUAUUGCUGACGCUAAUCAGGGAAGAUGCCAUGCCGUACAUUAUAUAAUAAAAAAAUAGUAUUUAAAUAAAGUUUAAAUAAACAAAAUAUGAAAAGUUGUAUUAAAAAAAAUCGGAUGUAAAAAAAAUCAGUAACGAUGAAUUGAUAAAUAUCUGUGAACAUUUGACAAAACAACCUGUGCGCUUUCUGUAGGUUGGAAUUUAGAGUAAAUUAUAAGGCAUGGUGAAAUUAUACCAGGUGUAGUAAUAAGAGCGAGAAAAAAAUUUACACUAUGUUAUUUGAAAAUGUCUUAU